AACUGCAUUUGUUUCUAUCUGUGCAGCCAUAGCUACAUCAUUCAUAUGUAAUGUUUGUCUUUUAUAUUAUUUUGUAUAAUUUUGAUGAUUUUCAUAGAAAACAUGAUGAAAACAUUUCCCCCAAAAAAGUGUUGCUGAAUUUAAAUGUGGUUAAAAACUUAAUCUCCAUGAGUAUAGAUGAUCAAACACUCAACAAAUAUUUACUGAGUAAGCAAGCUAGUUUGUUUACAGAUUGUGGGAGGUACUAAAGAUGCAAAGUGUUUAAAAUGUGAAUAUUGUUCUCAUUUAAUUUAAAUACAUAUGGAAGAACGGGGCACAAACCAGAAAAGCAAAGUAAUAAACCAAUGUGACAUAAGCUAAGUCUGAAUGCCUGACAUGGAUAAAAAUAACUAGAAGGUAGAAAGACAAGGGUUAAUAUCCUGGCUUUGCCAUUUGCUCCCUAUGUGACAUCGGGUAAGUUAAUUUUGCUAAAUCUCAGUUUUGUUGUCUGUAAAAUGGUUCUAGUAACAGCCAUUUGGUGAAUUGUUGCAAGGUUAGAAAUUAGAGGUAAUAAUAAGUCCUUGUCAUUUAAGAAGCAUUCUCAUUACUAUGAACUAUUUCAUUAUUGUGUAGGUGUUAGCUAUAUACUAGCUAUUAUGGUAAUAGCUUCACAUGGAUUAGCUAUGAAGUUCUCACAAUAUUUUACAGAUGGGGAGAGCAGGGUUUAGAGAGUAAAAGAAUUUGACCCAUGUUCCACAAUUAGGAAACAAAUUUCAGGGUGGGGGUUUGGACUUAGGACUAACCCCAAAGCCCAGCUCCUAAUUAUGAUACAUCCCAGAGCACUGUGAUAGCUAUGGGAAUUAACAGUUUCAUCAAUGUAAACCAAGAAAGUCAAGGAUAUCCUUGUGGAGGACAUGUAACCUGUCCUGGUCUGUGAUAAAAGAUUGGAGUUAAAUAUGUUCAUAUGAAAGAGAAAAGGCUGUUCUAAAGAGAACAAAUAAUGUACUUGAGGCUCUGAAAGGGAUGCAUAUGCAUCAGGCUGGGCAUACAGUAAGCUCUUGUGCAGUAGGGAUAGAACCAGUGUUUACAUGGAUAGGUUGGUGUCAAACCACAGAGGUGACUGAAGUUGAGGCAAGCAAAUCUGCACUUGAUUCCCUAAGGAAUUGUGAACCUUAGAUGAUUUGCAAGCUGAUACAUAAGAUAAUGAAAUAAGACAGACUUUCAAUUGACCAAUCAAUAACUAUUGGGAAUGGAUGUCAUUCAGAGUGGCAUUUUAAGAAGGUUAUUCUGGCUUGAUAAGGAUGAAUUGGAGAAGGAAAAAAAAAACCUCUUAAAACGGCUGUUUUCAAUAGCUGUGUCAUGACAGUUGGGAGAAGUGUCACAACGAACAAGGCACUAAUAGAAAAGUAUUAGUUUGCCAAACAUUAGCUGGUUUAUACAUUGGGGCAGAGUCAAGGUCGUACGUAGAAUAAUGUCAUUCUCCUUUCAUUCAGAUUCCAAGUACAUUCUUGAGAAGGGGAAAGGCAGUGUUACGAUCUCUGAUGCAGUCCUUGCCAGAACCCUAGGAAUGCCCCCUGGAAUGGGUGCUGCAUUUCACCGCCCUUCAUGUGUUUCAGCACAAAUAAAACAGCCUAAAGAAGUGCUGCAUUAAAGAAUUAUUGCAGCUUUCCAGGCAAAAGUACACAAAUCAAGAAAUGUCGGAGGUCUAAAAACAGUAACUUUAAGAGAUAUGGGGUUGGUAUUUAAGUUAUUGGUAAUUGAAUGAUUGUGGUGGGGGAAGAACUGAGCCCUGAAUGGCUCGAAGGAUUUUACAUUUUACACUGGUGAGGAGAUUUGGAGAAAGGGCUUGCUUCGAGGGUGAGUUCAUGAGUUGAGUGUUAGAACUUAUUGAGUUUUAAGCAUAUUAUCCAAGUGGAAAAACCCAGAGGGGAGUUUGAAGAACUGUAGCUUGUAAAGAAGGUCAGAGUGGAAAGAAGUCUUUAUGAGUCAUCCAUUUUGAGGUGAUGAAAUAUUGUCCAUGUUAUCCAUUUUGAAAAUUUUAAAAAGCUGUUGAGUGGGUUUCCUAACAAUAGCCUAACAAUAGAAGUUCACAUUUACUGAUGCACCUGCUAUGUGCUGGGAGCAGGACCUACCACGGCACAGGCAUCAUUUAUUCUUAAUGACAACCCAUGAAGCAGGUAGCCUUACACCCAUCUUAAGAUGAGGACACAGCCCCACAGUGAGACAAAAUAACUCGGUCAAGGUCACACAGCAGUAGGUAGUGGAGCUGGGAUUCAAUCUUAGGCAGGGUAACCUGGUUCCAAAAACUGAGCACUUAACUACCGUAUCAUACGCUGUCAUAUAAGCAUAUGAAUGUAAAGCUCUCCCACAGAGAAAUAAGUCACAUAAAAGUCACAUUCCAGUAAGAAAUAUUAAUAUGACUUGGUCACCCCAGUAUAAUCACCUAGCCCCCCACCCCACUCAAGAUAUCUUAAAUCACACAUAUCCACUCCACUACAAAUGAUAUCCACUCACGGAACCCACCUCCUCACUAAGGAAGCGGUAAAAAUAAACAACAGUGCUGAUAGCCAUUUGUAGCUUUAAAAAAAUCUCUCUUUUUGUCCGCUUUGGAGAUUUCUUUUUAUCUUUCAUUGACAAUGUUUUGCAGAUCCUGUUCAAUAAAUCUCGGGCCCCUUCCCCUGUUUUUAUUGUGCUGAAAUAGUUGCGUGCUGAAAUAGUUGCAUCCUUGUAACUGGGUCUUUAUUUUUAUUGGCAGAAAAUUCUCAGUCCAUUUAUUCCCUUGUAUAAAGUAAAUUUUAACUAUAGAACCUGUAUCAAUAAUGUCAUUUAAAGGAGGCUGCUUCCAGUACACUCUGCAAAAUGUCCGCAGAGAUUUCCGGAUUUCCCAGUCACCACUUCCCUCCCUGCUAGCCAGGCCUUGCAGCUCCCUUUUCCCUUCUACGUCUGAGCACUCUCUGUUCUCUGGCCAGCUGCCUUCUGUUCAGCCCCUGUGUGUUCUCCAUUCUCUGCUCUGCCUUAAUGAUAAGUAGAGUUUCAUCCUAAGCAAAUUAGGGUGGAGGUGGGGAUUACUUCUUUAUUUGGGUCCAAGCGAAAAACAUACCCUACUAUUGGCAAACCAUGAAGAGUAUGACACUUCGAGUUUAACAAGAUUAAGCAAUGUGGCCAGUGUGGGGGAAGAGAGUGUUAUUCUUCUUGGACCAUUUCUCAUUCUAUAUCUGGUGGCUUACAUAGGAAUUCCAAAUUACAAGAUGCCUAGGGUCCAGGGAUAUGUUGUUGGGACAUAAGAUAGUUGAAAUGGUUGUGUACCUGGGUUUUUCUAUUUUUUAUGUUUCUGAAAUGAUAAUUGUUAUAAGUAGGGCACAUAGAAUUUACUUUCGGAUAUUGGAAUUGCUUAAUUUCGAAGAGAUGGCCAGUCAAAAGCUUGGGCAUCUCCUCUUCCUGUUCACUUACUACUGUUUUAGCUCUGCUUACCACGAAAGGUAAGCAGUCAUUUUCACCAAUAACUUAUAUCAAAUAGUUGACCUUGGGACCAGCAAUUUACAUUCUUAUAAAAGAGGUCACUUAGGGAAUUUAACUGUGUAAUCCUAGCCCCCAUGUGGUAGGAGAUGAGUAGAAAUGGAACAAAGCUGGUGACACACCAUUUGAAACAAUUUGAAUUGGGAAAUCAUUUCUUUUCGACUUUGUGUUAAAAAUGGAACCCACUUUAAAAUGGUACAGGAAGGGAGAAGGAUGCAGUAAAAGUCUGUAGCAAUAGUGACUCAAAAACUCUGUUCCAGGACUCAAGAAAGCAAUCCUGUUGUCACAUUUGGAGGGAAACCAGAAAUAAUUUAGGUUUUUCACUUUCCUAAUAGCUUCUUUUCCAAUACCUUUCCUUCAGAUACCAUGCCGUCCCUUUUAUUUUGCCUUUAUUAAUGAAAACUAAUGAAGAGAAACACCGUUUAAACUUGAACUAGGAAACACAGGUUUUGUAGUGCUAAUAUUUUGGUGUGGGCUCUUUUUUUUUUUUUUUCCUUUAAGACAAUUAUCAAGACGAAGCAUUUGUUUCUUCUUUUGUUUACCCAUGGCAGUUUGUCAGCAGUUAUGAUAAGUAGAGUUCCAUCUGCCAGUAAAACUACAUUGCAAAUUGCCGUAGAAAUUAGCAGCUUUCAUUUUUGCCUACAUAAAUAAAUAUGCGAAAUAAAUUGCAUAUAAAUGCAUCCUAAAAAAUCACAGGUACACCACACAGUUAAAUGCCAAUCAGACAAAACCAGAGACACACUGCGAUUAUCUCAGUUUUCAAACCUGGGAGAUACACGAAUGUGUUUCUAAAUGAGAGAGGCAGUGUAUCAUGCUCGCUGAGAUAAAAACAGAAGCUGCCAGACACUGCACUGUGGCUUUAUUCUGAGAAUCCUUUGCCUGAAACCCGCUCUAUCUUUUCUUGAUGUUCUCUGUCUCUCUCUCUCUCUCUCCCCCUCUCUCUCUCUCCCUCUCUCUCUCUCUGCUUCUCUCCCUCUCUCCUCGCUGUCUUUCCCUCGCUCAUUGUUCUCUCUCUCCUCCUGCCUUUGAUGCACAUACGUUGUCACAAUUCAUUGACUCUCCUCUCUUCUCUGUUCUUACACUCAAGCCUAGCGGUGCUUUCGCCAGGCAGCAGCAGCCUCUCCUGCGAGUUUUAGGCAUGUAUGCAGCUCAGUUUGAUCGAGCGUUCCUUUUCUGCCUUUUCACUCUUACAAAAGAUUAAAAGGUGGCGUCACAUUGCUCCCCUGUUCCUUCCCGCAGGAGGGACUUAAAAGGGACAACAAAAACUAAUCACUUUCAAUAAGCAUUUUCUUGCUGGAAAAAAAAAAAAAAAGAAAAGAAAAAAAAAAAGAAAGAAAAAAAAGGCGGGGGGUGGACUUAGCAGUGUAAUUUGAGACCGGUGGUAAGGAUUGGAGCGAGCUAGAGAUGCUGCACGCUGCUAACAAGGGAAGGAAGCCUUCAGCUGAGGCAGGUCGUCCCAUUCCACCUACAUCCUCGCCUAGUCUCCUCCCAUCUGCUCAGCUGCCUAGCUCCCAUAAUCCUCCACCAGUUAGCUGCCAGAUGCCAUUGCUAGACAGCAACACCUCCCAUCAAAUCAUGGACACCAACCCUGAUGAGGAAUUCUCCCCCAAUUCAUACCUGCUCAGAGCAUGCUCAGGGCCCCAGCAAGCCUCCAGCGGUGGCCCUCCGAACCACCACAGCCAGUCGACUCUGAGGCCCCCUCUCCCACCCCCUCACAACCACACGCUGUCCCAUCACCAUUCGUCUGCCAACUCCCUCAACAGGAACUCACUGACCAAUCGGCGGAGUCAGAUCCACGCCCCGGCCCCAGCGCCCAAUGACCUGGCCACCACACCAGAGUCCGUUCAGCUUCAGGACAGCUGGGUGCUAAACAGCAACGUGCCACUGGAGACCCGGCACUUCCUCUUCAAGACCUCCUCGGGGAGCACACCCUUGUUUAGCAGCUCUUCCCCGGGAUACCCUUUGACCUCAGGAACGGUUUACACGCCCCCGCCCCGCCUGCUGCCCAGGAAUACUUUCUCCCGGAAGGCUUUCAAGCUGAAGAAGCCCUCCAAAUACUGCAGCUGGAAAUGUGCCGCCCUCUCUGCCAUCGCCGCGGCCCUCCUCUUGGCUAUUUUGCUGGCGUAUUUCAUAGCAAUGCAUCUGCUCGGACUCAAUUGGCAGCUCCAGCCUGCAGAUGGGCACACCUUUAACAAUGGGAUAAGGACCGGCUUACCAGGAAACGAUGAUGUGGCAACAAUGCCAUCUGGAGGCAAAGUGCCCUGGUCGUUGAAAAACAGCAGCAUAGACAGUGGUGAAGCAGAAGUUGGUCGGCGGGUAACACAGGAAGUCCCACCAGGGGUGUUUUGGAGGUCACAAAUUCACAUCAGUCAGCCCCAGUUCUUAAAGUUCAACAUCUCCCUCGGGAAGGAUGCUCUCUUUGGUGUUUACAUAAGAAGAGGGCUUCCACCAUCUCAUGCCCAGUAUGACUUCAUGGAACGUCUGGACGGGAAGGAGAAGUGGAGUGUGGUUGAGUCUCCCAGGGAACGCCGGAGCAUACAGACCUUGGUUCAGAAUGAAGCUGUGUUUGUGCAGUACCUGGACGUGGGCCUGUGGCAUCUGGCCUUCUACAAUGAUGGAAAAGACAAAGAGAUGGUUUCCUUCAAUACUGUUGUCCUAGAUUCAGUGCAGGACUGUCCACGUAACUGCCAUGGGAAUGGUGAAUGUGUGUCCGGCGUGUGUCACUGUUUCCCAGGAUUUCUAGGAGCAGACUGUGCUAAAGCUGCCUGCCCCGUCCUGUGCAGUGGGAAUGGACAAUAUUCUAAAGGGACGUGCCAGUGCUACAGCGGCUGGAAAGGCGCAGAGUGCGACGUGCCCAUGAAUCAGUGCAUCGAUCCUUCCUGCGGGGGCCACGGCUCCUGCAUUGAUGGGAACUGUGUCUGCUCUGCUGGCUACAAAGGCGAGCACUGUGAAGAAGUUGAUUGCUUGGAUCCCACCUGCUCCAGCCACGGAGUCUGUGUGAAUGGAGAAUGCCUGUGCAGCCCUGGCUGGGGUGGUCUGAACUGUGAGCUGGCAAGGGUCCAGUGCCCAGACCAGUGCAGUGGGCAUGGCACGUACCUGCCUGACACGGGCCUCUGCAGCUGCGAUCCCAACUGGAUGGGUCCCGACUGCUCUGUUGAAGUGUGCUCAGUAGACUGUGGCACUCACGGCGUCUGCAUCGGGGGAGCCUGCCGCUGUGAAGAGGGCUGGACAGGCGCAGCGUGUGACCAGCGCGUGUGCCACCCCCGCUGCAUUGAGCACGGGACCUGUAAAGAUGGCAAAUGUGAAUGCCGAGAGGGCUGGAAUGGUGAACACUGCACCAUUGGUAGGCAAACGGCAGGCACCGAAACAGAUGGCUGCCCUGACUUGUGCAACGGUAACGGGAGAUGCACACUGGGUCAGAACAGCUGGCAGUGUGUCUGCCAGACCGGCUGGAGAGGGCCCGGAUGCAACGUUGCCAUGGAAACUUCCUGUGCUGAUAACAAGGAUAAUGAGGGAGAUGGCCUGGUGGAUUGCUUGGACCCUGACUGCUGCCUGCAGUCAGCCUGUCAGAACAGCCUGCUCUGCCGGGGGUCCCGGGACCCACUGGACAUCAUUCAGCAGGGCCAGACGGAUUGGCCCACAGUGAAGUCCUUCUAUGACCGUAUCAAGCUCUUGGCAGGCAAGGAUAGCACCCACAUCAUUCCUGGAGAGAACCCUUUCAACAGCAGCUUGGUUUCUCUCAUCCGAGGCCAAGUAGUAACUACAGAUGGAACUCCCCUGGUCGGUGUGAACGUGUCUUUUGUCAAGUACCCAAAAUACGGCUAUACCAUCACCCGUCAGGAUGGCACGUUCGACCUGAUCGCCAAUGGAGGUGCCUCCUUGACUCUACACUUUGAGCGAGCCCCGUUCAUGAGCCAGGAGCGCACUGUGUGGCUGCCGUGGAACAGCUUUUACGCCAUGGACACCCUGGUGAUGAAGACCGAGGAGAACUCCAUCCCCAGCUGUGACCUCAGUGGCUUUGUCCGGCCUGAUCCAAUCAUCAUCUCCUCCCCACUGUCCACCUUCUUUAGUGCUGCCCCUGGGCAGAAUCCCAUCGUGCCUGAGACCCAGGUUCUUCAUGAAGAAAUCGAGCUCCCUGGUUCCAAUGUGAAACUUCGCUAUCUGAGCUCCAGAACUGCAGGGUACAAGUCACUGCUGAAGAUCACCAUGACCCAGUCCACAGUGCCCCUGAACCUCAUUAGGGUUCACCUGAUGGUGGCUGUCGAGGGACAUCUCUUCCAGAAGUCAUUCCAGGCUUCUCCCAACCUGGCCUACACCUUCAUCUGGGACAAGACAGAUGCGUAUGGCCAAAGGGUGUAUGGACUCUCAGAUGCUGUUGUGUCUGUCGGGUUUGAAUAUGAGACCUGUCCCAGUCUAAUUCUCUGGGAGAAAAGGACAGCCCUCCUUCAGGGAUUCGAGCUGGAACCCUCCAACCUCGGUGGCUGGUCCCUGGACAAACACCACAUCCUCAAUGUUAAAAGUGGAAUCCUACACAAAGGCACUGGGGAAAACCAGUUCCUGACCCAGCAGCCUGCCAUCAUCACCAGCAUCAUGGGCAACGGUCGCCGCCGGAGCAUUUCCUGUCCCAGCUGCAACGGCCUUGCUGAAGGCAACAAGCUGCUGGCACCAGUGGCUCUGGCUGUUGGAAUCGAUGGGAGCCUCUAUGUGGGUGACUUCAAUUACAUCCGACGCAUCUUUCCCUCUCGAAAUGUGACCAGCAUCUUGGAGUUACGAAAUAAAGAGUUUAAACAUAGCAACAACCCGGCACACAAGUACUACUUGGCAGUGGACCCCGUGUCCGGCUCGCUCUACGUGUCCGACACCAACAGUAGGAGAAUCUACCGCGUCAAGUCUCUGAGUGGAGCCAAAGACCUGGCUGGGAAUUCGGAAGUUGUGGCAGGGACGGGAGAGCAGUGUCUGCCGUUUGAUGAAGCCCGCUGCGGGGAUGGAGGGAAGGCCAUAGAUGCAACCCUGAUGAGCCCGAGAGGUAUUGCAGUAGACAAGAAUGGGCUCAUGUACUUUGUCGACGCCACCAUGAUCCGGAAGGUCGACCAGAAUGGAAUCAUCUCCACCCUGCUGGGCUCCAAUGACCUCACUGCCGUCCGGCCACUGAGCUGUGAUUCCAGCAUGGAUGUAGCCCAGGUUCGUCUGGAGUGGCCAACAGACCUUGCUGUCAAUCCCAUGGAUAACUCCUUGUAUGUUCUAGAGAACAAUGUCAUCCUUCGAAUCACCGAGAACCACCAAGUCAGCAUCAUUGCGGGACGCCCCAUGCACUGCCAGGUUCCUGGCAUUGACUACUCACUCAGCAAACUAGCCAUUCACUCUGCCCUGGAGUCAGCCAGUGCCAUUGCCAUUUCUCACACUGGGGUCCUCUAUAUCACUGAGACAGAUGAGAAGAAGAUUAACCGUCUACGCCAGGUAACAACCAACGGGGAGAUCUGCCUUUUAGCUGGGGCAGCCUCGGACUGCGACUGCAAAAACGAUGUCAAUUGCAACUGCUAUUCAGGAGAUGAUGCCUACGCGACUGAUGCCAUCCUGAAUUCCCCAUCAUCCUUAGCUGUAGCUCCAGAUGGUACCAUCUACAUUGCAGACCUUGGAAAUAUUCGGAUCAGGGCGGUCAGCAAGAACAAGCCUGUUCUUAAUGCCUUCAACCAGUAUGAGGCUGCAUCCCCCGGAGAGCAGGAGUUAUAUGUCUUCAACGCUGAUGGCAUCCACCAAUACACUGUGAGCCUGGUGACAGGGGAGUACUUGUACAAUUUCACAUAUAGUACUGACAAUGAUGUCACUGAAUUGAUUGACAAUAAUGGGAAUUCCCUGAAGAUCCGUCGGGACAGCAGUGGCAUGCCCCGUCACCUGCUCAUGCCUGACAACCAGAUCAUCACCCUCACCGUGGGCACCAAUGGAGGCCUCAAAGUCGUGUCCACCCAGAACCUGGAGCUUGGCCUCAUGACCUAUGAUGGGAACACUGGGCUCCUGGCCACCAAGAGCGAUGAAACAGGAUGGACGACUUUCUAUGACUAUGACCACGAAGGCCGCCUGACCAACGUGACGCGCCCCACGGGGGUGGUAACCAGUCUGCACCGGGAAAUGGAGAAAUCUAUUACCAUUGACAUUGAGAACUCCAACCGUGAUGAUGAUGUCACUGUCAUCACCAACCUCUCUUCAGUAGAGGCCUCCUACACAGUGGUACAAGAUCAAGUUCGGAACAGCUACCAGCUCUGUAAUAAUGGUACUCUGAGGGUGAUGUAUGCUAAUGGGAUGGGUGUCAGCUUCCACAGCGAGCCCCAUGUCCUAGCAGGCACUAUCACCCCCACCAUUGGACGCUGCAACAUCUCCCUGCCUAUGGAGAAUGGCUUAAACUCCAUUGAGUGGCGCCUAAGAAAGGAACAGAUUAAAGGCAAAGUCACCAUCUUUGGCAGGAAGCUCCGGGUCCAUGGAAGAAAUCUCUUGUCCAUUGACUAUGAUCGAAAUAUUCGGACUGAAAAGAUCUAUGAUGACCACCGGAAGUUCACCCUGAGGAUCAUUUAUGACCAGGUGGGCCGCCCCUUCCUCUGGCUGCCCAGCAGCGGGCUGGCAGCUGUCAAUGUGUCAUACUUCUUCAAUGGGCGCCUAGCUGGGCUUCAGCGUGGGGCCAUGAGCGAGAGGAUAGACAUCGACAAGCAAGGCCGCAUCACGUCCCGCAUGUUCGCUGACGGGAAAGUGUGGAGCUACUCCUACCUUGAUAAGUCCAUGGUCCUCCUGCUUCAGAGCCAACGUCAGUAUAUAUUUGAGUAUGACUCCUCCGACCGCCUCCUUGCCGUCACCAUGCCCAGCGUGGCCCGGCACAGCAUGUCCACACACACCUCCAUCGGCUACAUCCGCAACAUUUACAACCCGCCUGAAAGCAAUGCUUCGGUCAUCUUUGACUACAGUGAUGAUGGCCGCAUCCUAAAGACCUCCUUUUUGGGCACCGGACGCCAGGUGUUCUACAAGUAUGGGAAACUCUCCAAGUUAUCAGAGAUUGUCUACGACAGUACCGCCGUCACCUUCGGGUAUGACGAGACCACCGGUGUCUUGAAGAUGGUCAACCUCCAAAGUGGGGGCUUCUCCUGCACCAUCAGGUACCGGAAGAUUGGCCCCCUGGUGGACAAGCAGAUCUACAGGUUCUCCGAGGAAGGCAUGGUCAAUGCCAGGUUUGACUACACCUAUCAUGACAACAGCUUCCGCAUCGCAAGCAUCAAGCCCGUCAUAAGUGAGACUCCCCUCCCCGUUGACCUCUACCGCUAUGAUGAGAUUUCUGGCAAGGUGGAACACUUUGGUAAGUUUGGAGUCAUCUAUUAUGACAUCAACCAGAUUAUCACUACUGCUGUGAUGACCCUCAGCAAACACUUCGACACCCAUGGGCGGAUCAAGGAGGUCCAGUAUGAGAUGUUCCGGUCCCUCAUGUACUGGAUGACGGUGCAAUAUGACAGCAUGGGCAGGGUGAUCAAGAGGGAGCUAAAACUGGGGCCCUAUGCCAAUACCACGAAGUACACCUAUGACUAUGAUGGGGACGGGCAGCUCCAGAGCGUGGCCGUCAAUGACCGCCCGACCUGGCGCUACAGCUAUGACCUUAAUGGGAAUCUCCACUUACUGAACCCAGGCAACAGUGUGCGCCUCAUGCCCUUGCGCUAUGACCUCCGGGAUCGGAUAACCAGACUCGGGGAUGUGCAGUACAAAAUUGACAACGAUGGCUAUCUGUGCCAGAGAGGGUCUGACAUCUUCGAAUACAAUUCCAAGGGCCUCCUAACGAGAGCCUACAACAAGGCCAGCGGGUGGAGUGUCCAGUACCGCUAUGAUGGCGUAGGACGGCGGGCUUCCUACAAGACCAACCUGGGCCACCACCUGCAGUACUUCUACUCUGACCUCCACAACCCGACGCGCAUCACCCAUGUCUACAAUCACUCCAACUCAGAGAUUACCUCACUGUACUAUGACCUCCAGGGCCACCUCUUUGCCAUGGAGAGCAGCAGUGGGGAGGAGUACUAUGUUGCCUCUGAUAACACAGGGACUCCUCUGGCUGUGUUCAGCAUCAAUGGCCUCAUGAUCAAACAGCUGCAGUACACGGCCUAUGGGGAGAUUUAUUAUGACUCCAACCCCGACUUCCAGAUGGUCAUUGGCUUCCAUGGGGGACUCUAUGACCCCCUGACCAAGCUGGUCCACUUCACUCAGCGUGAUUAUGAUGUGCUGGCAGGACGAUGGACCUCUCCAGACUAUACCAUGUGGAAAAACGUGGGCAAGGAGCCGGCCCCCUUUAACCUGUAUAUGUUCAAGAGCAACAAUCCUCUCAGCAGUGAGCUAGAUUUGAAGAACUACGUGACAGAUGUGAAAAGCUGGCUUGUGAUGUUUGGAUUUCAGCUUAGCAACAUCAUUCCUGGCUUCCCAAGGGCCAAAAUGUAUUUCGUGCCUCCUCCCUAUGAAUUGUCAGAGAGUCAAGCAAGUGAGAAUGGACAGCUCAUUACAGGUGUCCAACAGACAACAGAGAGACAUAACCAGGCCUUCAUGGCUCUGGAAGGGCAGGUCAUUACUAAAAAGCUCCACGCCAGCAUCCGAGAGAAAGCAGGUCACUGGUUUGCCACCACCACGCCCAUCAUUGGCAAAGGCAUCAUGUUUGCCAUCAAAGAAGGGCGGGUGACCACGGGCGUGUCCAGCAUCGCCAGCGAAGAUAGCCGCAAGGUGGCAUCUGUGCUGAACAACGCCUACUACCUGGACAAGAUGCACUACAGCAUCGAGGGCAAGGACACCCACUACUUUGUGAAGAUUGGCUCAGCCGAUGGCGACCUGGUCACACUGGGCACCACCAUCGGCCGCAAGGUGCUGGAGAGCGGGGUGAACGUGACUGUGUCGCAGCCCACGCUGCUGGUCAACGGCAGGACUCGAAGGUUCACGAACAUUGAGUUCCAGUACUCCACGCUGCUGCUCAGCAUCCGCUAUGGCCUCACCCCCGACACCCUGGACGAAGAGAAGGCCCGCGUCCUGGACCAGGCGAGACAGAGGGCCCUGGGCACGGCCUGGGCCAAGGAGCAACAGAAAGCCAGGGACGGGAGAGAGGGGAGCCGCCUGUGGACUGAGGGCGAGAAGCAGCAGCUUCUGAGCACCGGGCGCGUGCAAGGGUACGAGGGAUAUUACGUGCUUCCCGUGGAGCAAUACCCAGAGCUUGCAGACAGUAGCAGCAACAUCCAGUUUUUAAGACAGAAUGAGAUGGGAAAGAGGUAACAAAAUAAUCUGCUGCCAUUCCUUGUCCGAAUGGCUCAGCAGGAGUAACUGUUAUCUCCUCUCCUAAGGAGAUGAAGACCUAACAGGGGCACUGCGGCUGGGCUGCUUUAGGAGACCAAGUGGCAAGAAAGCUCACAUUUUUUGAGUUCAAAUGCUACUGUCCAAGCGAGAAGUCCCUCAUCCUGAAGUAGACUAAAGCCCGGCUGAAAAUUCCGAGGAAAACAAAACAAACGAAUGAAUGAACAGACACACACAAUGUUCCAAGUUCCCCUAAAAUAUGACCCACUUGUUCUGGGUCUACGCAGAAAAGAGACGCAAAGUGUCCAAAAGGAACAAAAGAACAAAAACGAAUAAGCAAAGAAGAAAACAAACAAAAACAAAACAAAACAAACACAUGGACCGAUAAACAAAGAAACGAAGAUGAGAAAGAAGGCCUCAUAUCCAAUUACCUCACUCAUUCACACGUGAGCGACACGCAGACAUCCGCGAGGGCCAGCGUCACCAGACCAGCUGCGGGACAAACCACUCAGACUGCUUGUAGGACAAAUACUUCCGACAUUUUCGUUUAAGCAAAUACAGGUGCAUUUAAAACACGACUUUGGGGGUGAUUUGUGUGUAGCGCCUGGGGAGGGGGGAUAAAAGAGGAGGAGUGAGCACUGGAAAUACUUUUUAAAGAAAAAAAAAAAAACAUGAGGGAAUAAAACAAAUUCCUAUCAAAAAUCAAAGUGAAAUAAUACCAUCCAGCACUUAACUCUCAGGUCCCAACUAAGUCUGGCCUGAGCUAAUUUAUUUGAGCGCAGAGUGUAAAAUUUAAUUCAAAAUGGUGGCUAUAAUCACUACAGAUAAAUUUCAUACUCUUUUGUCUUUGGAGAUUCCAUUGUGGACAGUAAUACGCAGUUACAGGGUGUAGUCUGUUUAGAUUCCGUAGUUCGUGGGUAUCAGUUUCGGUAGAGGUGCAGCAUCGUGACACUUUUGCUAACAGGUACCACUUCUGAUCACCCUGUACAUACAUGAGCCGAAAGGCACAAUCACUGUUUCAGAUUUAAAAUUAUUAGUGUGUUUGUUUGGUCCAGAAACUGAGACAAUCACAUGACAGUCACCACGAGGAGAGAAAACUUAAAAAAUAAAAAUAAAAACAAAAAAAUUUUAAAAAUUAAAAAAACAAAAAUAAAAAAAGUCUAAUAAGAACUUUGGUACAGGAACUUUUUUGUAAUAUACAUGUAUGAAUUGUUCAUCGAGUUUUUAUAUUAAUUUUAAUUUGCUGCUAAGCAAAGACUAGGGACAGGCAAAGAUAAUUUAUGGCAAAGUGUUUAAAUUGUUUAUACAUAAAUAAAGUCUCUAAAACUCCUGUGGA